GGCGGGGCCUGGCGCAGGCGCGCGGCGUCCGGGCUGAGCGCGGCGCGCGCCGGAGGUGAGGUGAAGCGGCGCGGGCGACCGGAGACCCUGAAUCUCGCAGCGCAAGGGUUGUGAGAGGGAGGCAGAGUUGAAGAAUGUGUGGGCGAACAUCCUGUCACUUACCUAGAGAUGUCCUCACCAGAGCUUGUGCCUAUCACGAUCGACAGGGCCAUCAGCGACUCCCUGAGUGGAGGGAUCCGGACAAAUAUUGCCCCUCUUACAACAAGAGCCCUCAGUCCAGCAGCCCCGUGCUUCUGUCUCGCCUGCACUUUGAGAAGGAUGCAGACUCAUCAGAGCGAGUCAUCGCCCCCAUGCGAUGGGGCCUGGUUCCGUGUUGGUUCAAAGAAGCCGAUAUUUCCAAGCUGCCUUUCAAUAUCACCAACUGUCGCAGUGACACCAUCAUGGAGAAACGGUCAUUCAAGGUGCCUCUGGGAAAGGGCAGACGCUGCGUGGUUUUGGCAGACGGAUUCUACGAGUGGCAGCGGAGCCAAGUGACCAGCCAGAGUCAGCCGUACUUCAUCUACUUCCCCCAGGCCAAGACGGACGAGCCAGGCGGCGGCGAGGCUGCGCACAGCCCCGAGUGCUGGGCCAAGCUCUGGGACAACUGGAGGCUGCUGACCAUGGCCGGGAUCUUUGACUGCUGGGAGCCCCCCGAGGGCGGAGAGCUGCUGUACUCCUACUCCAUCAUCACCGUGGACUCCUGCAGCAGCCUGACCAGCAUCCACCCCAGGAUGCCCGCCAUCUUGGAUGGAGAGGAGGCCGUCUCCAAGUGGCUUGACUUUGGGGAGGUGCCCGCUCAGGAAGCUCUGAAACUCAUCCAGCCCACAGAGAAUAUCACCUUCCAUCCCGUCUCCUCCGUGGUGAAUAACUCACGGAACAACACUCCUGAGUGUCUGACUCCUCUCAGCCUCGUGGUCAAAAAGGAACCCAAGGCAAGUGGCAGUAGCCAGAUGAUGAUGCAGUGGCUGACCACCAAGUCACCCAAAAAGGAGGCCCCCAGGUCACCCCAGAAGGACAAGCCGGCUGUCCCGCAGUGGUCCAGCCAGUUCCUGCAGAAGAGCCCGCUCCCCACCAAGAGAGGGGCCCCGGGCCUGCUGGAGCGCUGGCUGAAGCGAGAGUCGGAGGAGCCCGCGGCCAAGCGGCCUCCCUGCGAGUAGCGGGACUCCCGGGCCCGCGGCCAAUGCGCGCGCCUGCGCUGUCCUGCCCUUAGAGCCCGGCCUGCUGCCCGGGAAGCUCCUGGCGCCCCUGCCGUCCGCUUCCGUGCUCCUCCGGGCCUCCGGGAGUGUGCUGAUAAGUUCUUAAAAUAUAUUAUAUUUUUUUUUCUGAAUAAAUUAUAUUUGAUAACC